AUGUCUGAGCACACACAAAAAGAGACAAAAGUAAAAAGUGGAAGUGGUGGUCCUGUUCCGGAAUGGAAAAUGAAGAAACUUGUUCCUAAACAUGAGGAUGAGCCAGACGACCAGAACCGGGAUUCCCAACCCUUGACCUCCAGCCAAGUUCACGCAGCUUUCUCAGACAGCGCCUAUCUGUUAGCGUCCGUCAUCUUUCAGAACAGCCGCCGGGAGAAGCCUGCAGCAACCAGACAGCUGGUGAGGUACGGCCAAGAGAGGGAGCUUCCUCUGCCGCCAGUCAAAGAUGAGAUGCGACGUCCUGCUUUUGAAUUGGCUUUCAAUACACUGAGAUAUCAAGAACUGCUGGAGGAUGUCAUAAUUGACAGUGGCUUUUUUUCCUCACCUCAUAUUCCAGAUGAUCAGAUGAGCCUUUUUGCCGUCAUGCUGUACGACUUCCAAGACAGAAAAUUUAUCCCACAGGACUACAUAAGGGAAGACUUCAUACAGGAAGUCAGAGAUGUAGAGAACUACCUCAUCAGGUGUAAAACAAAGCUGGAAGCCUCACUGGCCAGAUAUAGAAUAAAACAUGACCUCUCAUCCUUUGACUGCAUCCUGCCCGAGAUUGUGAAGGUGAAGCAGGAGCGAGCCAAUAGGCUGCCGCUUUACGCGUGGGUCAACGCACUGACGAGCAGUCUGGAUGAAGUCCAAAGCGCACUGACGAGCUUGGGCCUUUCACGAGUGAAUUCGGUCAGGCAGUUGGAGGGGCAGACCUUCUGCCAGGAUCCCCACUGUGAGGACGUGCUGGUAUUCCCCGCCCGGAUGAAAGCAAAACUGGAUGGCACCGAGCUGCUUAGCGAGCGCAAGCUCAUCGUGCAGGAUAAGUCUUGCAGCCUAGCCCCAAAUGUCGCCAUCUCCCUGCUACCAGAAGAAGCGGACGUCCUCUUAGUGGGCAGUUUCUCCGGCCUCACCGUCUCCCACGCAGCCUCGCUCAUUCACCAGAAACAGAAAACUGAUAAGAACAAGUCCAGAGUCCUCGCAUGUGUCGGCGGUCUUACAGAUUUCCAGAGGGAAGCCGUGCAACAAGUGGUCGUCCAAAUGGGCUGCAAAAAGGUAAAACUGAUAUACGAGGUCUUCCGGUCCCUCACCAGCGGUGACAAGCGUCUAGCAAAAGUGCGUCUUAUCUUGUUGACGCCCAACUGUUCCUUGUCUGCAGUCAGCAAUCCUCUUCAAUUUCUGCUUCAUGAAAACAGAGACGCCGCCUUGCUGCAAGACUUGUCCCAGGGCUCCGUGGCCCAGAGCAAGCUGGAGGCUCUGAUAGCACAACAAAGGGAAGAUAUCGAUCACGCGUUAAAAUUUCCCCAAAUUUUGGCAGUGGUUUACGCUACUUGCUCGUCACACCCGGAGGAGAACGAGCAGGUCGUGACCGGAGCCGUCGAGCGGGCCCGAGCGACGUCGCAGCAGGAAUGGCGGCUAAGAAAAAACGAGCUGAGACAUGUGAUAGUGCAGACAAGUGCAAAUGCUGCACGGGGGUCGCCCCCCAGCCAAUCGUGGGUGGGGGAGGGGUCUGUGAGCCAGCGCAGUCCAUCCCUCCUCCCGCAGCUCCAGCAAGGGGCCGUCGUCAUUCCCGCUGGAUCCAGGGCCCAAGGUAGGACAGGGCCCCCACCCGAAGUGGGCAACACCCCGCUGAACUACCAGUACCCCACCAGCGACCCGCGGCAAAGCCCAAGGAGGAUACCCGGGCAGAAAAGAGAGGGGCUGAGAAGCCGCUGUGACGCAGGACCAGAGCCCCGACCCCACCCUUGCAACAGACAAAGCCAAUCACAUACUUCCUCUGAAAGACGAGAAGAAAACUUCUUCAGAGUGGAACCCUCUGAUCUGAGUAACGGUUGCUUUCUGGCUGUUCUCAGUCGGGAGGUGAACAUAAAGCCCAAGCACUCAAUGGAAGAAGCGUCGCCGACUGCCCAGGCCAGGUUGCACACCGGCAGCAAAACUAAGGUCGUCAGGUCCAAGCAGCCAAUCAGGAAGAAGAAACGCAGACAAACCGUCAAGUCAUCAAAAGCCGAUUUCGCUCAUCCGACUGAGCAACAAAUCUCGGACAAAAAGCGAUCCAUACCGCAUGGUACACCACCCAAAUUUUGUGUCCAGGCACCAAAGCAUUCUGUUGGCGCCUCUCCUGGCAACCAAGAAAAUGGCAGCUUCGUCUCUUCAAAGCCAGGAAAGAAUCAAAAAGCCAACACGGUCCCAAUUUUCUCCACCCCGACUUCCACACUCACUCUGCGUCCAACGCCGGCCCCCGCAACCCUCGCGAUCCGUCCCCGGAUGGUCCAUCAGUUGGCGCUUAAACCUGCUGUUAUCAUCAUGCCGCCUCAGUUGUUUCCUCUGCCGCCACGUCCUCAUCCUCGACUCCACACAUGGAGGACCCCGGCGCCGUCUUUCCCCUCCUCUGGAACUGUGGCAGCUUUCUCCAAGGACACGCCGCUCAAACAUAAACUCAAGUUUUAUGUCUGA